GGCGUUUCCCGGCCACAAUCACAAAGGACAAAUGAUCAAGGAUAUCCUAGGCGCCUCUUAGGGGUCUCAGAAUCUUUGGUAAGCUCCCUGGAGGGCUUUUACGAUGCACGGCGGCUUUCACACCGCUUUAGGUUUACUUGACCCAGUACUUUGGUUCACCAGUGCAGCCGACGCCAUUUCGGGGCAUAUUAGAGGAUGGCACAAUCUCUGCGGCGCCGUAUGGUGGGAGCCCUGGAACAGCGUAUUUGCCGGGCACAAGGGCCUACAACAAGCCUGCUCUAGCCCCUCCCCCUCUUCCCUGGCUUUGGACUCCUCGAACCUAUCCAUCGGUUCCACUUUCACAUCCGAUUAGUACCCAACAUUCAAGAUUUUAACCACUAUCAUUGGUGAUUUUUCACUCGUGAAUCACACUGGCUCAGUCCCCCUAGGACUCUAUUGACCAGGGGAGUCUCC